AGAAAAGAGAACGGCAGUCAGUGAGGAAUUCUUCAACCGGUCAGUUCUUGCACCUCUUCUUCGCUUAAGCCAAAUCUCAUUGGAAAAAGUGCGAAUCUCAUAAAAAGAAAGGCAUCAAUGGAUUACGAGGCGGAACCCACCAUUGUAGACGCUCCAGCGUUCAAUGCGGCCGAGAGUGCCCAAGCCCUGAGGUCGGCAAUGAGAGGGCUCGGCACGGACGAGGACACUAUCAUUAACAUCCUCACGGGCUGCUCCAAUCGUCAGCGGCAGGAAAUCGAAGCAGCUUUCGAGCGAGAAUUCAGUCGGAGUCUCAUUGAUGAUCUCAAGAGUGAACUUGGAGGGAAUUUUGAGGAUGUCAUCCUGGCCCUUGUGCGUCCCCCGUAUGAAUUUCUCUGCAGGCAGCUGAACAAGGCCAUGGAGGGCAUGGGAACUGAUGAUUCAGCAUUGGUUGAAAUCCUCUGUCCACUGACCAGUGACGAGAUGAAAGUUCUCGUUGCCCAAUAUGAAGAUCUCUUUGGACGUCCCCUGGCUGAGCAUCUCUGCAGCGAGACCUCGGGCCACUUCAGACGCCUCCUGACCCUCAUUGUCACGGGAGUUCGUGAUCCAGCAGGAACUGUCGAUCCCGCCCUGGCAGCCGAACAAGCAGCUUCCCUCUACGAUGCCGGAGCUGAAAAACUCGGCACCGACGAGGAAGUCUUCAAUCGCAUCUUUUCGCACUGCAGCUUUGCCCAAUUGCGCCUUGUCUUCGAUGAGUACAAAGCCCUAUCCGGGAAGACCAUUGAGCAAGCUCUCAAGAGCGAAAUGGAUGGAGAUCUGCUCGAUGGAUUUCUGGCCAUUGUCGAAUGUGUCCAGAGUCCAGCGGCUUUCUUCGCUGGACGCCUCCACAAAGCCAUGGACGGUGCUGGAACUGAUGAUCCGACUCUCAUUCGAAUCAUCGUCUGCAGGAGUGAAAUUGACCUGCAGACCAUCAAGAACGAGUACGAGAGAAUCUACGAUAGAACUCUCCUCAAUGACAUUAAGGUGAGUAUCCUGCUAUUUCCUGAACCCUUUUUUGUCGUUUGUGGGUUUAUCAUUUGUGCCAAAAUUGUCCAAAUUCCAAAUCAUUUAUCCAAUUUGAGGCUUCAAUGCAAAUCUUGGCGGCUGUUAUUUUCUCUUAGAUUAACAACUUAACUUGAAUUCUUGGUUGUGUAUUAAAGUAGAGAAAAAUAAUGUAUGAAUCGUGAAUAUUUCAAGGAAAUAGCACAUUUAUCGGAUAUAUUAUCAUUCAAUUAAAAACAAGUUAAAUUGAACAGGUAAUCAAUAUUGCAAAUGAUUCCGUUCAAUUGACUGGGCGUGUUUAAUAAAAUAUAUCAAUUAAUGUUUCAAAAAUUCAUUUGAAGAUCAAUAUAAAAGGAUUGAGGAUAAAAUAUAAUAUUCCAAUAAUAUCUAGGGUGUCCUGGGAUUAUGCAUAACCCUUUAACGACGAGACACUUUUUACGGACUGAAAAUCAACAAUAAAAAUUAAACUGAGAAACAUAAUCAAUGAUAAGUCUUACAUCUAACCUUGGAAAGUCCAACAGAGUCUGAUUCGGUGUAUUUUGUGCUUCUAUGGACGAUAGGGACAAAAAUAGCCCAAAAAUUUAAGUAAUUUUACUGACAAUACCAAUGAAUAAUAUUUUUCACUUUAAUGAAAAAUAUUACGUAUGAGUUUUGUAGUUUUUAUUGCCAAAAAGGUUUUGCUUAAAAAAAAUUGUAAGUACAUAAAAUAAAUAAAACCAAUUUAUGAAAUUGAGAAUUUAAAAAAUCGCCAUUUUUGAGCUUAAAUAUUUACUACAUAGCACAUAGCUAGACUUGCAAAAAAUAUUCUAGAUUCCUUCAACCUUCUACUUUACAAUUAUGUACAGACAUGAGAAAAAAAUAACUUUAGGUAGUCAGGAAAAAUUAUUUUCUUUGUGGGACACCGGUGUUCCAAUCGUACUUAAAGGGAUAAACGGAAUUAUGUAAACACAUCUAUGCAUCUUUGCCUACAAUUAGGAGCUCAUUUGUGAAAUCAUUUUUUAUCCCUCUAAUUGUAGGCUAAAAUAAGGUAUUUUCGAACCAUUUACUUACAAUUUGGGACAUUUGAGAUUUUCUCACUGUUUCAGAAGAGCAAAGAAAAAACAAAGACCGCGAAAUAGAAGAAAAA